ACAAUUAAUUAAUUUUUGCCUAAAUUGAAAAUUUUUCUGCGGAGGAAAAGGAAAAACUAAAAAGGAGGAGCCCUUUUGAUCCGCACCGACCCACUUUCCGACAGUCAACGCCACCAUCCAAGCGCCGUCUCCGGCCGGCCGGCACCAUCCGAAAUCUCCAAUGGAUUCGCGGCUGGAGCUGUUGAGAUCCGUCGAGCAAGCCCUUGGGGUCAAGCUCGGGGACGAGACUGUGGUGUUGGUGCUUACCACCUCAGUAGCCGUGAUUUUGGGGCUGCUCGUCUUUCUUUGGAAGAGAUCGGGCGAUAAUAGAAGCAAGGAUGCCAGGCAGGUCGUCGUUCCCAAGCCGGUCUCGCUCAAGGACGACGACGAGGACGAAUAUGUGGGGCCAGACAAGACCAAGCUCACCAUCUUCUUCGGGACGCAGACCGGCACCGCCGAGGGAUUCGCUAAGGCAUUAGCCGAAGAGAUCAAGGCAAGAUAUGAUAAGGCGGUUGUUAAAGUUGUGGACAUGGAUGAUUAUGCUCAAGAUGACGACCAAUACGAGGAAAAGCUGAAGAAAGAGACUCUAGCAUUUUUCAUGGUCGCUACUUAUGGAGAUGGUGAGCCAACUGAUAAUGCUGCUAGAUUUUAUAAAUGGUUCACUGAGGGGGAAGAAAGAGAACCCUGGCUUCAGCAGCUUUCCUAUGGAAUAUUUGGUUUGGGUAAUCGCCAAUAUGAACAUUUUAACAAGAUUGGAAAGGUCAUUGAUGAGAAGCUUAGUGAGCAAGGUGCAAAACGUCUGGUACAACUAGGUCUAGGAGAUGAUGAUCAAUGCAUCGAAGAUGAUUUCACUGCCUGGAAAGAGCAACUAUGGCCUGAAUUAGAUCAAAUUCUGAGGGGUGAAGAAAGUUUGGACUCUGUCUCUACCCCUUAUACAGCUGCAAUACCAGAAUAUAGAGUUGUGAUCCAUGAUGCUGCUAUUCCAUCUUAUGAUGACAAUCAUGCAUUUGUUGCUAAUGGGGAUGCUUCAUAUGAUCUUCAUCACCCUUGCAGAGUCAAUGUUGCUGUUCAGAGAGAACUUCACACCCCUGAAUCUGACCGUUCAUGUAUACAUCUGGAGUUUGACAUAUCUGGAACUGGUAUAGUAUAUGAGACUGGAGAUCAUGUUGGUGUUUUUGCUGAAAAUUGCGAUGAAACUGUCGAAGAAGCAUCUAAACUAUUGGGACAGCCUUUGGAUUUACUAUUUUCCAUCCACUCUGACAAGGAUGAUGGCUCUCCAAUUGGAGGUUCAUUACCACCUCCAUUUCCUGGCCCCUGCACACUUCGUUCUGCACUGGCACACCACGCUGACCUGUUGAAUCCACCUCGAAAGGCUGCUUUGACUGCAUUAGCCGCACAUGCUUCUGAAACCAAUGAAGCUGAAAAGCUUAAAUUCUUGGCAUCCCCUCAGGGAAAGGAUGAGUAUGCACAAUGGGUUGUUGGCAGUCAGAGAAGUCUCCUUGAGGUAAUGGCUGAGUUUCCUUCUUCAAAACCUCCACUUGGGGUAUUUUUUGCUGCAAUUGCUCCACGUCUGCAGCCACGCUACUAUUCUAUAUCUUCAUCUCCAAGGUUUGCCCCAACUCGUGUUCAUGUGACAUGUGCUCUAGUUUAUGGUCCAAGUCCGACUGGCCGAAUUCAUAAAGGAGUGUGUUCGACCUGGAUGAAGCAUGCAGUUCCCUUGGAGAAAAGCAGUAGCUGUAGCUGGGCUCCUAUUUUUAUCAGGCCAUCGAAUUUCAAAUUGCCUGCUGAUUCUUCUAUUCCAAUUGUCAUGGUGGGUCCUGGAACAGGGUUGGCACCUUUUAGAGGAUUUUUACAGGAAAGAAUGGCUCUGAAAAAUGACGGCGCUCAACUUGGGCCUGCUCUAUUUUUUUUUGGUUGUAGGAACCGCCGUCAGGAUUUUAUUUAUGAAAAUGAGCUGAAUGAUUUUGUGGAUCAAGGAGUAAUAUCCGAGCUGAUUGUUGCAUUCUCAAGGGAGGGACAACAAAAGGAAUAUGUUCAACAUAAGAUGCUGGAAAAGGCAGAUCAAGUUUGGAGUUUGAUCUCUCAGAAAGGAUAUCUCUAUGUGUGUGGAGAUGCAAAGGGGAUGGCGAGAGAUGUUCAUCGUACAUUGCACACCAUCGUCCAAACGCAGGAAAAUGUCGAUUCAUCAAAGGCAGAGUCUAUAGUUAAGAAACUUCAGAUGGAUGGCCGAUACCUGAGGGAUGUUUGGUGAUCACAACGGAUCACCCUAUGGUAAAAUUUUUCGUUAACUUUGGAAGCUUGUUUGACGCCAACUCUAGAGCUAAUCUAAAGUCCCCAAGACCGUCACGUAAAUUGUUCUUUGUUCUAUUUACAAGACAGGGCCUUUCUUUUUUCUUAUAUUCUCCACCUCCCUCCCUCCCCAUCGACCUUGUUUUAAAAGAUCCCAUAGAGAAGAAUAUUAUUUAUGUCUUGUGACUGGUAAUGGGAAUGUUAUUCAUAAAUGAUGCUAUAUGUGAAAAUUUCUGUUUAUGUAAAAAUUAUUAGCAUAAAUGAUAGAUAUCAGUAUUGCUUGGAAUUUAUUUAUCCUCUUGAAUCAUAUUAUGGAUUGAUGUUUUAUGUUGUAUAA